GGAGGACGGUGAGGAAGAGGAAGUGGACGUACUGGUUUUCUCCCCAGAAAAGGGGCCCCCAGUUACAGCGUGUGCAGACGGACUGAGCAGCGUAGUCACCGUUUCAGGUGAUGAGGAGGAAGACGAGGACGACAUAGACGUGACAGACUUUGAAGGUUACGGGAGGAGCAGCGGUUGUUUCUUCUCCAAGUGUCCACAGGAGAGGCUCAGAGGGACGGCGUGGCAGCGGUGGAGGCCGGCUGAGAGCACCGAGAGGCGGACAACAUGGAUCCCAUGAAGGCGCAGCAGCUAGCGGCGGAGCUGGAGGUGGAGAUGAUGGCUGACAUGUACAACCGGAUGACGAACGCCUGCCACAGGAAGUGCGUCCCGCCACAUUACAAGGAGGCGGAGCUGACGAAGGGCGAGUCCGUGUGCCUGGACCGCUGCGUGGCCAAAUACCUGGACCUUCACGAGAGACUGGGACGCAAGCUCACGGAGCUCUCGGUCCAAGACGAGGAGAUGAUGAGGAAGGCGGCUGUCGGGAGCGGAUAGAGACCCCGAUGACGUGGAGAAAGAUGAGGGAUGGGAUUUAACAUGAAAGACUUGGUAAGAGGGGGUGGGGUUAAUAAAACCAACGUUGAGGGUCCACGAGGAUGAACUACCUCUGGGUUUGCAUCAGAGGUUGGAGCAGUAAUGGGAGGAAUCCCAGUCCAGCCUCUUCAGAACAGUUUCACCUCCAGCGUUUUGUCUCGGGACGUCACCUGCCGAGACGGAACUGCACAGAAGAAACACCCGGAGCACGCGCUUCGAUUUCCGAGUCCUAAUUAUCGUCUGUUGUCGAGCCACGAAACCUCAGUGUCUCUGUGUUGUCAUCACAUUUGUCCUACUAACAAGUUGAAGACCUUCAAGAAGAGAAUCUAAUUUUUACCGUUUCUCUGUAUUUUGCUUCCAAAAACUGGAUUUGAGAAUGAUUAUUUAAAGUAAUGGUUCCCAACCAUGGCCCUUGAGGAACACCAUCCUGCAUGUUUUAGUUGUUUCUCUGCUUUAACAC